AUGGCGUCGACGCCUUCGGAGCCGAGCGGCGCGAUGCCGCGCGAGACGUUCGCGCGUCUCCUCCGCGGGAUGCUCGACGAGACGAGGGAGGACUACCUGCGCGCGAUGAAGAAGUCGAUCGUGGACUACGCGCUCGCGAACGCGAACGAGCGCGAGCGCUUAGACCUGACGUUGCUCACGAGCUUGAUCCCGAGAGCGGGCGAGGUUUCGCGGCCGCACGAUGAGCUGCCGUACGAGUGGCGCGCCAACGUGGAGGCGUCUCGCGAGGACGUCGCGUGGACGCUGCAGACGUUGAACCCGCACGCGCUCAUCUUGAGCGAGACGUGGGAGACGAAAUACGCGACGCGACGGUUCGUGGACGUGGACUCGGAGACGUUUCGCGCGUCGCUGCCCGUGGAGUCGACCGCCUUCGACGCGCACCAAACGGAGACGCGAGAGGCGUUGAAGAAGACGUUAUGGAGCGAGUGGGUCGUCGAGACCGCGGCCGUGUUCAACGACGACCCGCCCGCGUGCGUGAACGGCGACGCGGACGCCUUCUACGAGUCCAUCGCGACGCUGCAGUCGAACCAACUCCGCGGCUUGGUGCAAAAGAACGUCGACGCCUACGCGGCGUUUUUCGAAUCGCACGACGUCUCGGACCGAUUGACGACGUGCGAUCCGCUGUCGACGAUCCACGCGUGGUCCAAGCCCGCGGCGUUCGUCGUCCGCCUGAACCCGGACGUCGCCGCCGAAGAGCGCACGUCGUUCGACCCGCCGUUCGACGCGGUGACGGAGACGUGCGUCGCCGCGCUCGAUCGCUUCGUCGCCGCCGCCGCGGACGUGGUGACGCGCGUCAUGGAGAGGAACGCGAUCGCGCCGCGCGCGCUCGCGAAGCUGUUCGAUCCGUUCUUGGACCUCCUGACGCUCGACUUGGACGCGUUUUUGCAAAAGUUCAAGGAGAAGGAUCGAAGCUUGGAGAAAUACGCGGAGGAGAUCGACGCGUAUUUCGCCAAGGCGAGGGCGGUCCGCGCGACGUCGAUGGACCACGUCCGCGCGGGCGCGUACGUCGUCGACGUCACCGCGCUGAAGACGACGCUCGUGGACGUCGCGACGAGGACGGCGAAGGCGCUGCUAGAUCAAGUUCGAACCGCGUGUCUGGACGGGAACCGAAAAAUAAACGCGGCGUACGCGUUCAUGUCCGAAGAGGUUGUCAAAACGCCCACCACGAACGAGGAAGCGCUGAACCUUCGCAAGUACAUCAAGAACUGCGAGGCGGAGGAGAAGGCGAUCGGGUUGGAGAUCAAGGCGAACAAAGCUCGCGACGCGUUUCUGGAGGGGUACUACCACGAAGCGCCGCAGGAAGAUUUCGACGUCGCGAUCGAGGCGUACGGCUGGCCGGCGAAGAUGAAAGAGAUCAUGCGCGGCGCGUCGAUCGAGUCCAAGAAAGCCGAGCGCGCGUUCGAGGACAAGCUCAAGAAGGAGCGCGCGGCGUUCCAGGAGAAGAUCAUGUCGUACAGGAACGAAGUCGACGACCUCGCCGCGGAGGGCGACGUCGCGAGACGCGCCGAGGUGGCGGAGAUCGUCACGAAGCUCGCGGAGAACCUCGCGGCCGCGACGUCGUACGGCGAGGACCUCAACGUCAACGAGCGCUUGUUCGGGUGGGCGCCGACGAAGUUUAACCAGAUCACGCAGUACGUCAACCGGUUGGAGCCGUACCGGAAGCUGUGGACCAUCGCGAAUGGGUUUUUCCGCAACUCGCAGCAGUGGCUCACGGGCGCGUUCUCCAAGCUCGACUACGAAGCCGUCGAAGAGGAAGUCUCGGACCACUCGCGCAACAUCUUCAAGCUCGUCAAAGUGUUCAGCGGUCAGACCGGCGGGGAUCGGCAGCCGGAGGCGCUGCGCGUCGCGCUCGCCGCGCAGGAGAAGCUCGAGUCGUUCAAGACGCACCUCCCGCUGAUCGGCGCCGUGUGCAACCCGGGGUUGCGCGACCGGCACUGGGAGGCGAUGACCGAGGUGAUCGGCAUCGCCGGGUUCACGCUGCAGAAGGACGAGUACACGUCGCUGCAGCGACUCAUCGACAAGAACGUGCCGCAGCACCUCGCGAAGCUGAUCGAGAUCAGCGACUUCGCGUCCAGGGAGUGGAGCUUCGAGAAGACGCUCGACAAGAUGCUCGUGGACUGGGAGGGUCUGUGCUUCGGCCUCAAGCCGUGGAAGGAGACGGGGACGUUCAUCUUAGAGGGCGGCCCCAUCGACGAAGCGCAGGCUCUGCUGGACGACCACAUCGUGAAGACGCAGGCGAUGCGCGCGUCGCCGUUCGCGAAGCCGUUCGUGGAUCGCACGACGCCGUGGGAGGCGAAGCUCUUGCGGUUGCAAGACAUCGUCGACCAGUGGCUCAAGUGCCAGGCGAAGUGGCUCUACCUCGAGCCCAUCUUCGGGAGCGAGGAGAUCAUGAAGCAGAUCCCGACGGAGGGCGCGGCGUUCAUGUCCAUGGACGCCACGUGGCGGCAGAUUUGCUCGGACGUCCGCGCGACGCCGGAGGUGAUCGCGUGCGCGGAGAUGCCGGAUCUGCUCGAGAAGCUCCAGGGCGCCAACGCGGAGCUCGACGUCGUGGAGAAGGGUCUGAACGACUUCCUCGACACGAAGAAGCUCGCGUUCCCGCGGUUCUUCUUCCUGUCCAACGACGAGCUCCUGGAGAUUCUGUCCGAGGCGAAAGACCCGCUCAAGGUGCAGCCGUUCAUGAAGAAGUGCUUCGAGGCGGUGAAGGAGGUGGAGUUCACGAAGGCGAUCACGAUGAAAGCCAUGGUGUCCGUCGAGGGCGAGGUCGUGCCGCUGUCCAAAGAGAUCGACCCCGCGGAGACGGGCGCGGUGGAGAUGUGGAUGCUCGAGUUCGAGGACGUCAUGAAGGAGUCCAUGCGCGAGGUCACCGCGAAGUCCAUCGCGGAGUACGCCACCGUCUCGCGCGAAGAGUGGAUUCUCAACUGGCCGGGUCAGGUCGUCAUCGCGGGCUCGCAGGUGUACUGGACGAAAGAAGUCACCGACGCGAUCGUCGCGGACGGCCCGAAGGGCCUCGCGGCGUACGGCGAGAAGAGCAACGCGAACUUGACCAACAUCGUCAACAUGGUGCGCGGCGAGCUGAGCAAGCUCGAGCGCGCGACGAUGAGCGCGCUCGUGACCAUCGACGUCCACGCGAGAGACGUCGUCGUGCAGAUGGCGGAGGACGGCGUGAGCGACGCGCGCGACUUCAAGUGGCUCGCGCAGUUGAGGUACUUUUGGGAGGACGAGACGCUGCGCGUGAGGAUGAUCAACGCGGAGGCGCAGUACGGGUUCGAAUACCUCGGGAACUCGUCGCGGUUGGUCAUCACGCCGCUGACGGAUCGGUGUUACCGGACGCUGAUGGGCGCGAUUCACCUCAACUUGGGCGGCGCGCCCGCGGGUCCCGCGGGGACGGGCAAGACGGAGACGACGAAGGAUCUUUCGAAGGCGAUCGCGAUCCAGUGCGUCGUGUUCAACUGCUCGGACGGUUUGGAUUACAAAGCGAUGGGGAAGUUCUUCAAAGGCCUCGCCGCGUCCGGCGCGUGGGCGUGCUUCGACGAGUUCAACCGCAUCGAGCUCGAGGUUUUAUCCGUCGUGGCGCAGCAGGUGUUGUGCAUCCAGCGCGCGGUCGCCGCGAAAGUGAAGACGUUCGAGUUUGAAGGCGUCGAACUGCGAAUCAUUCCCACCGCGAACGUGUUCAUCACGAUGAACCCCGGGUACGCCGGCCGCUCCGAGCUGCCGGAUAACCUCAAGGCGUUGUUCCGCGACGUCGCGAUGAUGGUGCCGGAUUACGCGAUGAUCGCGGAGAUUAUUCUCUACUCGUUCGGCUACCUCGAAGCGAGAGACAUGGCUCGGAAGCUCGUGCAGACGUACCGCCUGUGCUCGGAACAGCUGUCGUCGCAGGAUCACUACGACUACGGCAUGCGCGCGGUGAUCUCCGUGUUGAGAGCCGCGGGUAACCUGAAGCGGAAGUUCACGGAGGAGCGAGAGGACGUGCUCAUGCUUCGCGCCAUCACGGACGUGAACCUUCCAAAGUUUUUAGACCAAGACGUCCCGCUGUUCCGCGGCAUCUUGAGCGACCUUUUCCCCGGCGUCGACCUCCCGGAGAUUGACUACGACAACCUCCUCGCGGCGAUGCGAAACAACACCAAGAAGGCGAAUUUGCAGCCGCUGCCGAGCUUCGAGGAGAAGAUCAUUCAACUCUACGAGAUGAUCAUCGUCCGGCACGGGUUGAUGAUCGUCGGCGAGUCGUUCGGGAUGAAGUCCUCGUGCAUCAGCGUGCUCGCGGGCGCGCUCGGCGAGCUCAACGAGAAAGGCCAGAACGGCGAGCAGAAGGUGAAGUACUACUGCAUCAACCCGAAGAGCAUCACGAUGGGGCAGCUGUACGGCGCGGAGGACCCCGUCUCGAAAGAGUGGGCGGACGGCAUCCUCGCGGUUACGUUUCGAAACGCCGCGAGGGAUACCUCCCCGGACCGCAAGUGGGUCGUCUUCGACGGCCCCGUGGACGCCAUCUGGAUCGAAAACAUGAACACCGUCCUCGACGACAACAAGAAGUUGUGCUUAAACAGCGGCGAGAUCAUCGCGAUGCAGGGGCUCAUGAACAUGAUCUUCGAAGUCGCGGACCUGGCCGUGGCGUCCCCCGCCACCGUCUCGCGGUGCGGGAUGGUCUACGUCCAACCCUCGCUGCUCGGCUGGCGGCCGGUGUUCUUGUCCUGGCUCGACACGCUCCCGCCGACGCUGAACGAGCCGCAGAAGGAGCAGAUCACCGGAAUGUUCGACUGGCUCGUCCCGCCGUGCCUUCGCAUCGCGACGAAGAUGUGCAAGCAGCCGCAGCCGAUGCAAGAGAUCAACCUCGCGCAAUCGCUCAUGCGUCUCUACGAGUCUCUGCUCGACGAGUUCCGCGACGAAGAGAAAGUCGCGGAGAUGAACAAGCUCAUGCAGGCGGUGUGGCUCGACUCGCUGUUCUUGUUCGCGCUCGUGUGGUCCAUAGGCGCGAGCGUGGACCAGGAGGGCAGGGUGAAGUUCGACGCGAUGCUUCGACAGCUCCUCGCGGGCGACGUCCCCGAGGAGCUGAAGAUUUGGAUGACCGCGGAGCCGCGCAAAGUCACGAAGCUCAUUCCGGACGCGAACGGCGCGACGGUGUACGACUUCGUGUUUGACAAGGCGACCGGGCAGUGGGCGAAGUGGACGGCGACGCAGGAGGACGCGCCGAUCGCGGAGGAGGCGACGUACACGUCGAUCAUCGUCCCCACCGUGGACACGAUUCGAUACACGUAUCUCAUCGACACGUUCGUCCUCCAUCAGAAAAACUUUCUCUUCGUCGGCCCCACGGGCACGGGAAAGACGGCGUACAUCAAACAGCACGUCGCGAACGGUAUUGACCCGGAGAAGUACUCGUACCUGUUCAUGAACUUCAGCGCGCAGACGAGCGCGAACAUGACGCAGGACAUCGUCGACGGGAAGAUGGACAAGCGGAGGAAGGGGGUGUACGGGCCGCCGCCGGGGAAGAAGAUGGUCGUCUUCGUGGACGACCUGAACAUGCCGCAGGUGGAAGAGUACGGCGCGCAGCCGCCCAUCGAGCUGCUGCGACAGUUCAUGGACUACAGCGGGUGGUACGAUCGCAAAGAGCUCGUGUUUCGAAAGCUCGUGGACACGCAGAUCAUCGCCGCGAUGGGCCCGCCCGGCGGCGGGCGGAACAACGUCACGAACCGAUACCUGCGGCACUUCAGCGUCGUGUGCGCGACGCCGUUCGACGGCGAGACGAUGAGCAAAAUCUUCGGCACGCUCGUCGACUGGUGGAUAAAGAAGGAAGAGAUCCCCGACGCCGCGGUCAAGCUCAAGACGAGGCUCGUGGACGCGACGAUCGACCUGUACGAGACGGUGCAGCUCGAGCUCCUCCCCACGCCGAUGAAGUCGCACUACACGUUUAACCUCCGAGACGUCUCGAAGGUGUUUCAGGGGAUAUGCUCGACGACGUCCGCGUCGAUCGAGGACGCGCCGCAGCUCGCGCGACUGUGGGUGCACGAGUCUCUGCGCGUGUUCGCGGAUCGACUCACGGACGAGCCGGACCGAGAGUGGUUCUUCGGGCUCGCGAAGCGCCUGACGGAGAAGCACUUCAAGUCUGCGGUGGGCGAGUUCAACAAAGUCUUCGCGCGGUUGGACGUCAACGAAGACGGCGAGAUCGACGCGCACGAGCUCAGACGGCUGAUGUUCGGCGACUUCAUGGUCCCCGGGGCGGACCCGAAGAUUUACGCGGAGCUGGACGACUUUGACCAGGUCGUGGACGUCGUCGGCGAGUACCUCUCCGAUUUCAACUCGACGUCGAAAAAACCGAUGCACUUGGUGUUGUUCCUAUACGCGCUCGAGCACGUGUGCCGCAUCUGCAGGAUCAUCUCUCAGCCCGGCGGGCACGCGCUGCUGGUCGGCGUCGGAGGGAGCGGGAGGCAGUCGCUCACGCGCCUCGCCGCGGUCAUGGCGGACUUUAACGUCUUUCAGAUCGCCAUCAGUAAGUCCUACGGCAAGGCGGAGUGGCACGACGACCUGAAGAAGAUGAUGAAGAUGGCGGGCGAGGCGAACAAAAAUACCGUCUUCCUCUUCAGCGACACGCAAAUCAAUCACGAGUACUUCGUGGAGGACAUCUCGAACAUCCUGAACACCGCGGAGGUGCCGAACUUGAUGGAUAACAGCGACUACUCCACGAUCUUCGAGAACAUCCGCGGCAGGGCGAAGGCGGCGGGGAUGGACGGCAGCAAAGACUUGAUGCGAAAUUUCUUCACGUCCGAGGUGAAGAAAAACUUGCACGUCGUCCUGUGCUUCUCCCCCGUCGGCGACGCGUUCCGCGAGCGCCUUCGCAAGUUCCCGUCGCUCGUGACGUGCACGACGAUCGACUGGUUCAGCGCGUGGCCCGAGGACGCGCUCAAGAACGUCGCGACUGAGUUUUUGUCGGAUGUCAACGUCCCCGACGAGAUGAAAGCGCCGUUGUCUGACAUGUGCGUCGCGAUGCACAGCUCGGUGCACAAGCUCUCCUCGCGCUUCCUCAGCGAAGCGCGACGGCACUUCUACGUCACCCCGACGUCGUACUUGGAGCUCAUAAGCUCGUACAAGGACCUCCUGAAGAAGAAACAGAACGAGGUGAUGACGGUGCGGAAGCGAUACGAAGUCGGCUUGGAAAAGCUCGUCGUCACGGAGCAAUCCGUCGCGACGAUGCAAGAGGAGCUCACCGCGUUGCAGCCCGAGCUCGAGAAGGCCACGGUCGAGACCGAAGCCGCGAUGGUGACCAUCGCCGCGGAGACGGUGGAGGCGGACAAGAUCAAAGAAGUCGUCGCGAAGGACGAGGCGACGGCGUCGGAGGAGGCGGCGCGCGUCAAGGCUAUCAAAGAGGAGUGCGAGGGCGACCUCGCCGAGGCGAUGCCGCUUCUUAACGCCGCGAUCGCCGCGCUGGACACGCUGACGAAGAACGACAUCACGGAGGUGAAGGGCAUGAAAGCGCCGCCGCCCGCGGUGAAGCUCGUCAUGAAGGCGGUGUGCAUCUGCAAGGGCGUGAAACCCGUGCGCAUGAAGGACCCGGACACGGGGAAGAUGGGGAACGAUUACUGGGAGGCGUCGAAGAAGAUGCUCAUGAACGACAAGUUUUUGGACUCCCUUCGCUCGUACGACAAGGACAACAUCAAGCCGAAGAUCAUCAAAGAGAUCCGACCGAUCAUCAAGAAGCCCGAGUUCGCGCCGGAGAAGAUCAAGAAAGCCUCCAUGGCUGCGUACGGCUUAUGCUGCUGGGUCCGAGCGAUGGAGGCGUACGACCGCGUCGCGAAAGUCGUCGGCCCGAAGAAGAUCGCCCUCGCCGGCGCCGAGUCCGACCUCGCGAUCGUCAUGGAGCAGCUCAAGGUGAAGCAAGACGAGCUGCAAAAGGUGGUGGACAAAGUCCAGGCCCUGAACGACGAUCUGAAGGGGAAGCAAGACACGAAAGCGCAGCUCGAGGCGGACGUGGAGAUGUGCAAAGUCAAGCUCGAGCGCGCGCGGAAGCUCAUCGACGGCUUGGGCGGCGAGAAGGUCCGAUGGACCGCCGCCGCGAAGAAGCUCGUGAUCGACUACGACGCGCUCACCGGCGACAUCCUCCUCUCCUCCGGGUGCAUAUCGUACCUCGGCGCGUUCACCGCGACGUACCGAGAGGAGACGACCGCGCGGUGGGUACAGCUGGCGGAGGCUGGCGGGAUUCCGUGCGACCCCAAGUACGCGCUCGUCAACGUGCUCGGUGACCAGGUGAAAAUUCGCCAGUGGAACAUCCAAGGCCUUCCGAAGGAUAACUUCAGCGCGGAGAACGGCGUGAUGCUCGACUUUGGCCGGCGCUGGCCGCUGUUCAUCGACCCGCAAGGUCAGGCGAACAAGUGGAUCCGGUCCAUGGAGGAGGAGCGCGGGUUGAUAUCCAUCAAGCUCUCAGACGCGGACUACAUGCGCACGCUUGAAAACGCGUUGCAGUUUGGCAAACCCGUGCUCCUCGAGAACGUCGGCGAGAGCCUCGACGCGUCGCUCGAGCCGCUGCUAUUGAAGCAGACGUUCAAACAAGGCGGCGCGCUGUGCAUCAAGCUCGGCGACGCGACCGUGGAGUACAACAAAGAGUUUUCCUUCUACAUCACCACGAAGAUGCGCAACCCGCACUACGCGCCCGAGCUGUGCACGAAGGUUUCUCUGCUCAACAUGAUGAUCACCCCGGACGGUCUCGAGGAUCAGCUCUUGGGCGUGAUCGUCGGCAAGGAGCGUCCGGACCUCGCGGAGGAGAAGAAUCAGCUCAUCAUCGCGGGCGCGGCGAAUAAGAAGCAGCUCAAGGAGAUCGAGGAUCAGAUUUUGAAGGUGCUGUCGUCGUCGGAGGGGAACAUCUUGGAGGACGAGGGCGCGGUGAAAAUUCUCAGCGCGUCGAAGGUUUUGUCGGAUGAAAUCUCCGAGAAGCAAAAAGUCGCGGACGAGACGGAGGCGGCGAUCGACGAAACCCGCGCCGGGUACCGCCCGCUCGCGAAGCACAGCAGCAUCAUGUUCUUCUGCGUCGUCGACCUCGCGAACAUAGGCGACAUGUACCAGUACUCGCUCCAGUGGUUCACGGAUUUAUUCAUCCGCGGCAUCGACGACGCGGAGCUCUCCGUGGACGUUCCGACGAGGCUGAAGAACAUCACGUCGCACUUCACGUUCUUCCUGUACGUCAACGUGUGUCGGUCGCUGUUUGAGAAGGAUAAGCUCCUGUACGCCUUCUUGAUCGCGACGAAGAUUUUGCUCGCGGACGACGGCGGCGCCGGCGCCGAGGAGGUUGAAAAGAGAGAGGCGAUGAAGAUCGACGGCGAGGAGCUGCGAUUCUUCCUCACCGGCGGGAUCUCCACGGGCGAGAACGCGAUCGCGAACCCGGCGCCGGAGUGGCUGAGCGAUAAGGCGUGGGGCGAGCUCCUUCGAUCGCGGGACCUUCCCGGGAUGCGCGCCAAGAACGGCCCUAAGGGGGAUCUCGUCGCGGACGUCAUCGCGGAUCCGAGCCGAUGGAAGGUGCUGUACGACUCGACGGAGCCGCAGAGCGUCGCGUUCCCGGAACCGUGGCACGAGCAGCUCGCGCCGCUGCAGAGGAUGAUCGUCCUGCGCGCGUUCCGCCCCGAUAAGGUUGUCCCCGCGAUCACCGACUACGUAUCCGACGUCAUGGGUCGGAGGUACGUCGAGCCGUUGCCGUUUGACCUGGGCGCGUGCUUCGAGGACUCCUCCCCGGGCGUGCCUCUGGUGUUCGUGUUGUCCGCGGGCUCGGACCCGAUGGCGAACCUGCUCACGUUCGCGGCGUCUCGGAAUAACACGCGCGUCGAGGCGGUCAGUCUGGGUCAAGGCCAGGGCCCGACCGCGAUCAGGCUCAUCGAGCAGGCGAUGCGCGAGGGGUUCUGGGUCAUCUUGCAAAACUGCCACCUCGCGGCGUCGUUCAUGGCGGAGUUGGAGCAAGUUUGCGAGAUCAAGAUCAAGCAAAAGGUGAAGAAGCUCUGGCUGACGUCGUACCCGUCGCCGAUAUUCCCGAUAUCGAUCCUGGAGAACAGCGUGAAGAUGACGAACGAAGCGCCGAAGGGUUUGCGAGCCGGUCUGCUCCGCACGUUCACGUCCGAUCCUCUGUCCGACCCGGAGUUUUACGAGUCGUGCUCGAAACCCGAGGCGUGGCGAAAGAUGGUCUUCGGCCUCGCGUUUUUCCACUCGUACAUGCAAGAGCGUCGAAAGUACGGCGCCAUCGGAUUUAACAUCCCGUACGAGUUCAACGAGAACGAUCUACGAAUUUCGAUUCGACAGCUGAAGAUGUUCUUGGACGAGUACGAGGAGGUGCCGUACGACACGCUGUCGUACACGUGCGGCGAGUGCAACUACGGCGGCAAAGUCACGGAUGGGCACGAUCGCGUUACAGUCGAGUGCAUCUUAAAGCUCUUCUAUUGCCCCGAAAUUUUGACCGACGGGUACGCCUUCUCGGACAGCGGCCUGUACAGAGCCCCGGAGCACGGCGAGUACCAGUCGUACCUGGACUACGUCAACACCCUGCCCCUGAUCGCCGCCGCGGAGGUGUACGGCUUCCACGCCAACGCGGACAUCACGAAGGACGUUUUGGACACGGAGUCGACGCUCGACGCGUUCAUGAUGACCCAGUCGCGCGACGAGAGCGGCGGCGGGAAAUCCGCCGAGGAGGUGAUCGGCGAGGUCGCCGCGGAUCUGAUCGAGCGCCUGCCACCGAACUUCGACAUCGAGCUCGCGGAGAAGGCGUACCCGGUGGAGUACUACGAGAGCAUGAACACGGUGCUGACGCAGGAGCUCGGUAGGGUGAACGUGUUGCUGACGGUGAUUCGCAACUCGCUCGUGAACUUGGGCAAGGCGGUGAAGGGCCUCGUGCUCAUGAGCGACGAGCUCGAUAAGGUUGGCAAGGCGCUGUACGACGGCAAGGUGCCCGCGAAGUGGCUGAAGAAGUCGUUCCCGUCGCUGAAGCCGCUGGGGUCGUACUUUAGGGAGGUGGUGGAGAGAGUGGCGUUUUUCCGCAAGUGGGUGGACGAGGGGAUCCCGUCGACGUUUCCUCUGUACGCGUUUUUCUUCACGCAGGCGUUUCUCACCGGGUCGAAGCAAAAUUACGCGCGGAAGCACAAGGUGGAGAUCGACAAGGUGGACUUCGACUACCAAGUCCUCGACGGCGACGAGUCGUCGUUCACGACGAAGCCCGAGGACGGGGUGUACUGCUUCGGGAUGCACCUCGACGGCGCCGCGUGGUCCCCCGCGGAGCGCUCGCUGUGCGAGUCCGAGCCCAAGGUGCUGUACUGCCCCGCGCCGGGGGUGCACAUGAUGCCCGCGCAGGUGAAGGACUUUAAGAAGUACACGCACUACAGCUGUCCGCUGUAUAAGACCGCGGACAGACGAGGGAUCUUGUCCACGACGGGGCACUCGACGAAUUUCGUGAUGGACAUUCGAAUGCCGUGCUCGCAAGGGAACGAUCACUGGAUCCGACGCGGCGCGUGCCUGCUCCUGUCGCUGAAGGAUUAAUUACUAAUAAGAGAUGAACGAGGAGGAACGGGAAGCGAACGACAACUAGUAUGUUAACCAACCGCGGACGUCCGAUCGAUCGACGUCCGCCGGUGAACCCUAGACAGACUGUAAUGUAUUUAC